AUGCAAAUUAAUGAUAAAAAGACUUCCAAAAGUAGGAUACUCAUAGAAAUGAUCCAUAACUAUUAAAAACCUGUUUAAGAGAUUAUGCUCCUAGAAAAAUCUAAAUUGAAAUCAAUUUAAAAAAUAGAGGAGAGAUUUCUUAAGAGUGAGACAAAUAGAUAAUAUGUGUUCCCUCGAACAGAAGAAGAAUAAAUAGAGUGCAAGGAAUCUCCUAAAUAAUAAUAGUAAUUGAUCUCCCUAGAUAAUAUUACAAACACAAAAGCUUUCAAAGAAUUGAUGAAUAAAAUAUAUUAGAUUAAUACUUCAAAGCAGAAGCCUAAAAAUUAUUAAUAAACAGAAUUCAUCAAAAAAUAAUAUUCUAUUCAAUCAUAAUUGAUAAGAAAACCAACCCAAAAAUAAUCAAAUUAAAUUAAAACUGAAAUGUCAGAUAUUAAAUAAAAUAGACAAGAUAAUUCCAGUUUUAAAUAAAUGUCUAUAACUUAAUCUAGAGGACAAUCACCACAUAAUAAACUUCAAUAUUCUAAUAGAUCGAUAAGUUCUUAAUUGACUAAAUUUUUAAAAACAAAAGAAAAAUUAUCCUUUUGA